CCAAUCUCCACCAUAUCUCUAUUUGCAUCAUGGCGUCCGCAAAUCCCCCGCCUGAUGAUCCCCCACUCGGGAAUUAUGGCUACGAUGAAAAGGCUGUCGCUCGAGGGCUCAGCAAGCGCCGACAAUCCGAAUGGCUAGAGAGGAGCAAAAAAUGGCCAGAUCUCCCCGCGCGUCGAUGGGCUGCACGGAAAGUCAUUGGAAAGGGUGCUUACGGUAUCUGCGGUCAAUGGGACUAUACAGGCAAUGAUAAAAGCAUGCCGCGCCAAAUCGUCGUCAAGCAGUCCAUAGGAUCAACCGCCAAGAUUCUGAGAGGCGAAUCGAAGAUGAUGCAUUUGACUACCUCUACCGGCGCGGAUUAUGUUGUCAAGCUCUAUAAGGGAUGCCAUAGAGGAGCAGGUACGGGGACGAGUGAUAUUGAUCCGUUGCCUUAUAAUAGUCUUGGCAUGUAUAUCCCGCAUCAGGAGGUCGUGAGGAUGUACAUGGAGUAUGCGCCUGGUGGAGAUCUGGAUGCGUUUUUCAAAAGACUUAUCGCAACUCCUGGGGCGAGAGUCAUACCCGAGGAACAUUUGUGGAGGUUGUUACAUUGUCUUGCUAAGGCAAGUAUGGCUCUUGGUAGGUUUUCACUCCUACUUCAAACGUUCCAAGGGCAUGGUAAAUCAUGGAAGUGCAAUUUCUUUGCGUAA